AAUGCCCAUGUGUGUAAAAAAUAAUUAUGUUAUUUUAUUCUUUUCUGAUAGUCAUCUCCACUACAUGGUACCAAGGAACUUUACAGAGGUUUCAGAAUUUCUUCUUCUGGGAUUUUCAGAAGAGCAAGAAUUGCAGCCCCUCAUAUUUGGGGUUUUCCUUUCCAUGUACCUGAUCACUGUGUUUGGAAACCUGAUCAUCAUUCUGGCCAUCAGUUCUAACUCACACCUCCACAUACCCAUGUACUUCUUCCUCUGCAACCUGUCCUUAGUAGACAUCUGUUUCACCACCACCACCAUCCCAAAGAUGCUGCAGAACAUCCAGACCCAGAGCAAAGUUAUCACCUAUGAAGGCUGCAUCAUCCAGAUGUAUUUUUUCUUGCUCUUUGCAGGAUUGGAUGACUUUCUCUUGGCUGUGAUGGCCUAUGAUCGUUAUGUGGCCAUCUGCCACCCCCUGCACUACAUGGUCAUUAUGAACCCCCAGUUUUGUGGAAUUGUGGUUCUGGUAUGCUGGAUCACCAGCAUCCUGCAUUCCUUAACACAAAGCUUACUGGCAUUGCAGCUGUCCUUCUGUAGAGACUUGGAAAUCCCUCACUAUUUCUGCGAACUCAAGCAGCUGGUCCAACUUGCCUGUUCUGAUGCUUUUCUUAAUGAGUUGGGUAUGUAUUUUUCAGCUGGACUUCUGGGUGGUGGUGCCCUCGCUGGUAUUCUAUACUCUUACUCUAAGAUAGUUUCCUCCGUGCGUGGAAUCUCAUCAGCUCAGGGGAAGUAUAAAGCACUUUCCACAUGUGCAUCUCACCUCUCAGUUGUCUCCUUAUUUUAUUGUACAAGCAUGGGAGUGUACCUUAGCUUUGCUGCUGCCCACGGCUCACACUCAAGUACAACAGCUUCAGUGAUGUACACAGUGGUCACACCCAUGCUGAACCCUUUCAUCUACAGUCUGAGAAAUAAAGACAUAAAGAGGGCUCUGAAAACUUUUUUUAGAAUGACAGUUAUAAAAGGACCAAUUGUUCUGGGGUUCAAGAAGGACCCGUGA